AACAAGUCAGCGAACCGGUUCGAGGUCGCGAGACUCCGCAGGUGGAAAGGAGCCUCUGCAAAAUGGCAAGUGAGCCCGAUACCACCGAAGUGAGGAAGCCGCACAGAUUUGACCAGGGAGCCUUGGAGAGAUACCUGUGCCGGCACCUGCCGGGCUUCCCGCAGCACCCACCCGAAGCGCUGAGGGUCAGGCAGUACAGCUCAGGACAGUCAAACCCAACUUUUUACUUGGAAAAAGGCCUCAAAACCUACGUAUUGAGGAAGAAGCCUCAUGGCUCGCUCCUACCUCAAGCUCAUAAGGUCGACAGAGAAUAUCAGGUUCAGAAAGCCUUGUUUGCUGUUGGAUUUCCAGUUCCCGAGCCUCUCUUAUACUGUAGCGAUGCUUCUGUGAUUGGGACGGAGUUUUAUGUGAUGCAACAUGUACAGGGUCGCAUCUUCCGAAACACUGCAUUACCUGGCAUAAGUCCAGUGGAAAGAUCUGCUUUAUACAUAGCUGUAAUAGAAACUCUGGCCAAACUGCACUCAUUCAAUGUGAAUUCACUGGGACUCCAAGGAUAUGGAAGAGGACCAGGUUACUGUAAGAGGCAGGUAUCAACUUGGAGAAGACAGUAUCAAGCAGCUGCUCAUGCAGACAUCCCAGCUAUGGAUGAAUUAGCUGAAUGGUUAACCAGCAACUUGCCUGCUGGCGAUACUGAAGAAAAGUUGGUCCAUGGAGAUUUUCGAUUAGACAACAUCAUAUUUCAUCCAACAGAGGCCCGUGUUGUGGCAGUGCUGGACUGGGAACUUUCAACUAUAGGACAUCCUCUGGCAGACUUUGCUUACACUGUUUCUCUCUGGUUUUGGCCCAGAUCCCUCAAACAUUUGCAAAUGACGAUUUUCCAGUAUAUAAACAAUAUUGCAGGAAUUCCCUCGGCUGGAGAAAUGAUCGCGACAUACUGUCGCUGCAGAGGUAUCAGCACUGCUGUGCCCAACCUGAAUUUCUUCCUUGCUCUCUCAUAUUUUAAAGUGGCUUCAAUAAUGCAGGGCAUCUAUGCCAGAUACCUUCAGGGAAAUUCCGUUGCAGAGAACAGCCACGAGUUUUGCAAUAUGGUAAAACCUUUGGCAGAAACUGGAUUACUGGUAUCAAAAAAAACAUCUUUUGCCACUGAGAGUCAGCCCUGUAGCACAGGAGAAUUAUUCCACCAGUCUAAAGAGGGCAAAGAAGUACUUGAAAAGGUGAAGGAUUUCAUGAAGAAAUAUGUUUUUCCAGCUGAAAAGGAAAUGGCGGAGUAUUACGCCAGAAACAAAAAUUCGCCAGACAUAUGGAAAAAGCCUGCCGUGACUGAGAGACUGAAGGAAAGGGCCAAGGCAGAGGGCCUCUGGAACCUUUUCCUGCCAGGGGUUAGUGGUCUUGGCCAGCUGGACUAUGCCUUAAUCGCAGAAGAGACCGGGAAGUGCUUUUUCGCACCCAACGUGUUCAACUGCCAUGCCCCAGACACAGGAAACAUGGAGGUCCUACACAUGUAUGGGACCGAAGAACAAAAGAAACAAUGGCUGGAGCCUCUCCUAGAAGGGAAAAUAAGUUCAUGCUUCUGCAUGACAGAACCUGGCGUCGCUUCGAGUGAUGCCACCAACAUGGAAUGCAGCAUCGAGAGAGAUGGAAGCAGCUAUGUGAUCAACGGCCAAAAGUGGUGGAGCAGCGGAGCUGGAAAUCCAGACUGCAAGUUCGCUAUUGUGAUGGCCAGAGAUAAAAACACAUCUGCAUCCAGAUAUAAACAGCACAGUAUGAUCAUUGUGCCGAUGGAUACACCGGGUGUCAAACUUAUAAGGCCUCUUUCAGUCUUUGGAUACUGGGAUUAUUUCCAUGGCGGACAUUUUGAGGUGCAUUUUAACAACGUCCGGGUACCUGCCUCUCAUUUAAUCCUUGGAGAAGGAAGAGGAUUUGAAAUAGCGCAAGGAAGACUUGGGCCAGGCCGCAUACACCAUUGCAUGAGGUCCAUAGGGGCAGCUGAAACUGCUCUGCAGAUCCUGUGCAAGCGUUCAGCCCAGAGGGUGGCAUUUGGGAAGAAGCUCUACCAUCACGAAGUUGUCGCUCACUGGAUUGCUGAAUGCCGCAUUGCUAUUGAACAGGCAAGACUGCUUACGUUGAAAGCAGCCAGCAAAAUAGAUGCCAUGGGCAACAAAGAAGCCAGAAAAGAGGUUGCGAUGAUCAAAGUGGUGGCUCCCCGAGCUGUCCUUAAAGUGAUUGACUGCGCCAUUCAAGUUUGUGGAGGUGCCGGAGUCUGCCAAGACUUCCCAUUGGCUGAAAUGUUUGCCUACAUCCGGACGUUACGCAUAGCAGACGGGCCCGAUGAAGUUCACCUCUCAGUCAUUGCAAGACAAGAGCUGCAGGACCAAGCCAAACACCUGAGUGCACAUCUGUAAUAUUUUGCUUGCUUAAAGUCAUGAUGGCACUGCAUUCUUUCUUUAAAUUAGGCUGAAAGCUUAUGGGGCAGGGGACUGUAGAUUCGACACUGUUCUCAAUUAUGGAUAUUUCUUAAGUAAACUCACUCUUACUAAUUC